GAAACAUGAAACCUGGUCCAAUUCAGCCAAGUUUGUCCUCUACUAGCUCAUAGUUCGUCCAGCGCCAACACAGCUCCGCAUGACCCAUUUCCAUUCGCCUGUUAUUGAUAGAAAAAAACUUUGUUAAUCAUCCUCCUUUACCCUUCUAUCACUGGAUUGGUUUUUGUCAACAUUUUUCUCCAGAAUUUUAAAAUCGGUACCCGCGUGGAUUGUAGUUAGGUCAUAUCGUGAGGUUUAUUUUUUUCCAGGAAACUUUGUUGCCAUCUCAUUUCACCAUUAGGUGUUGCACAAAACUAAUUGAGUCAUGUUUGACUUAUUCAAAUGACCGAUUCACAUAAAAGUCCAUUACCUGCGUUCUCCUGGAGCCACUCGUCGACCUUACAUUGCCUAUGCAAUGUACAUUUUAAACUACCUUUGUAAUGUGACAAGGCGUUGACCUAUAUCUCAAUGAAAGUUCUUUUUCCAAGGAUUAGACGUCUUAUUCUUUAAAUGAAAAAACAUGACACGUGUUUCGAAAAGCAUGUCGAUUGUGCUCGUCUUUAUGGGAUUAUUCCUGCUCUUCUCGCCAUCUGCACGAGCUGAGCCCGAGACCCUUGACGAAGAGGAGGAAGAGAGCUCGUGCCAGGGGGCCUUUGACCUCUAUUUCGUGCUUGAUAAGUCCGGCAGUGUGAUGGACCAUUGGGACGAUAUCUAUUACUUUGUGGAAAACCUGGCAGAGAAAUUCAAAAGCCCAAUGCUGAGGAUGUCCUUCAUCACCUUCUCCUCCAACGCGGUCACCAUCAUGAAGCUGACCGAGAACAGGGUGGAGAUCAGAAAGGGUCUGAACGCCCUGCAUAGAGAGAUCCCUGGUGGAGACACCUGCAUGGACCAGGGUCUGAACCUGGCAAACCAGCAGAUAUACCACGAGAACAUAGGGACGGCUAGUGUUAUAAUCGCACUGACAGACGGAGAGCUGCAGGAACAUCAGCUCAGGGAUGCUCAGCAGGAGGCGGAGAGGGCCAGGUCUCUUGGUGCCAUUGUUUACUGCGUUGGAGUGAAGGAAUUUAACGAGACUCAGCUGGCCACCAUUGCAGACACAAUCGAGCAUGUGUUUCCUGUGUUGGGAGGAUUCCAAUCCCUCCGAGGGGUCAUCGACUCGAUCAUUAAGAAGUCCUGCAUCGAGAUCUUGGCGGCUGAGCCGUCCAGCGUGUGUGCAGGAGAAUCAUUUCAAGUGGUGGUGAGAGGCAAUGGCUUCCUCCAUGCGCGAAAUAUCGACCAGGUGCUCUGCAGCUUCAAAGUCAAUGACACCAUUACUAUAAAUGAGAAACCAGCCCAGGUGGAGGACACCUUCCUGCUGUGUCCUGCCCCCGUCAUCGGGGAAAUCGGGAAGGUGAUUUAUCUGCAAGUCAGCAUGAACGACGGUCUGUCUUUCAUCACCAGUAACGUGCACGUCACCACUACAGAGUGUUUUGACGGCACCAUUCUGUUGAUCACCCUGCUGGUGCUGUUCAUGCUGCUGGCCAUGCUCUUCAUGUGGUGGUUCUGGCCGCUCUGCUGCACUUUGGUGAUCAAGGAACCGCUACCCCCUCCUCCCCCAGAGCCUGAGUCGGACGACGAGGACGGCCUCCCCAAGAAGAAGUGGCCCACCGUGGACGCCUCGUACUACGGGGGCAGGGGGGUCGGGGGCAUCAAGAGGAUGGAGGUACGCUGGGGGGGGAAGGGGUCGACCGAAGAGGGCGCCAAGCUGGAGAAACCCAAGAACGCCGUGGUCAAAAUGCCCGAUCAGGAGUACGAGCCCUUUGAGCCCAAACCGAAGAAAUCUCACAACAGGAAGGCCCCUCAGGACAGGAAAUGGUACACACCCAUACAGGGUAAACUGGACGCUAUCUGGGCGCUGUUUCGCCGUGGUUACGACCAGGUGUCUCUGAUGAGGCCUCAACCUGGAGAUCAUGGCCGCUGCAUCAACUUCACCCGCGUGAAGGACGAGGCGGCCGCCGGCGCCAACGCCAGGGCCCCGCCCCCCCGCACGCCCAGCCACACCCCCUCCCCUCCGCCGCCGGACUACCACCCCGUGACCCGCACGCCCACGCCGCCGCAGCUGAGCAGCCCGCCGGCCAGGCUGCCCCCGAUGGGGCAGAUGCCCCUGGGACCCCCGCCCUCCCGCACCCCCCCGGGACUCCCCGGCCCCCCGCCCUCCAGGCCCCCACCCAGCCUGCAGCUCUAG